AGUAUGUACGCAUGGCCUUCGUAAAUAACUCUUUAUCAGUAGUAGUUUAAUGGCGCACGCGUGUGGGUAAAGUGAACGCUCAAGACAAUAUCGUUAUUUCCGUCUCGACAUUUCAUCGCGAAAUGUGACAUUUUGGAUUACUUUGCUUUUAUAACAUUUAAACUGAAGAAAUCUCAACUGUGUUGUUGGUCACGAUGAGUGUGCAGAACCUCAGAAACAAAUUUAGCCAAAACAAUGGUUCUGUACCUUAUAAGCCACCUGGCCUUAGUUAUGCUAAACCCUCGUCGCAGUCGCUGAACAAUAAUAAUCAUAUAAUGAACGGUCAGCAGAACGGGGUUAGUCGGUUUAAGACUAUUAACGAAGAACCAGAAAAUUUCAUAGAAAAUAGACCAGCAGUAAAGAACAACAGUUUUCUGCAAUCUUAUCUAUCAAACGAAACUAACAAGAACAACAUUAAUAUGGUAAACGGCAAAACUCACAUACCCGUUGUUUCUAGAUUCGUCCCUAAAACUAUGGCCGAAGCUGCCCCCAAGCCUUUUAUGAAGCCUUUACCUCCGCCAAUACCAGAAAAUAAUUCAAUGUUUAAUAAUAAAUCUCCACCAUUGCCGGCAAAAAGUUCUUCAAUCACAUUAGCAAAUAAAUCUCCACCACCACCUAUACCGGAUAUCAAGUCCCCUAAUUCAACAUCCAAGUUCAUUAUUAAACCUCCUCCCCCACCGGUACCUACUGACUUGGCAUCCAAGUACGGCAUCAAAUCUCCUCCACCUAAAACAGACUUUUCGUCAAAAUUUGAAUUCAAAUCUUCUCAAGCACCUUCUUCUAUUAGUAAUGGUUACCAUUCCCCAUCGGACAGCUAUGAUAAGUGGAAAGCGAAGUUUGAAGAAACAGAAGCCAAACGGAAAAAUUUGCUUACUCAAUCACAAAAACUUAUAAGGGAAAAGUCUGAUAUGGAGAGAGAAAUGUUAAAACUUAAAACAGAAUUUGAAUCCACGAAAAGUGAACUUGAGCAAAAGACAACACAACUUGAACAGCUCAGGAAACUAUCUGAAGGUAUGUACAAAGAGUAUGAUCAGUUAAAACAACAAUAUGAAAUUGAAACUGGUCAACUUAACAAAGCGAUUGAGCGAGCCUCACAGUGGUACAAACAAAAUCGAGAACUCAAAAGAAGAAGUUCAGCUCUUAUGCAAAAAGUUAUGUCGGUAGCACCAGCGACGUUAGAAGACUUGGAAGACGACACUGAUGGUAACGACAAUAACGACACGGAAAUGGAAGAACUCCGAAAAACAGUCAAAGAGCUUACACAAGAAGUGUCACGUUUACAAGCUGAGUUGAACAAAAUUAAACUUCAAGAGUUUGAGGCUCAAGAACAAACAGUAGAUUUAACUUCUGAACUUGAAGAAGAGCGCAGAGCCAGACAACUUGCCGAAAGAGAGCUCAAGGAACUAAUUAUGAAACACGACAAUCUAGAAAGUGUAAGCCGUAAAGUAGUGGAGGAAACAACAGAAUUAAAUAAAAGGUAUAAACAAGAAAAAGAAGAAGGAGAAAAAAUUAGAAAUGAUGCCUAUAAGGUAAAAUCAGAGAGAGAUGUUCUUGCUCGACAAAGUCAAUUACUCAUGAUGGACGCUGCAUCAGACGAAAAAAUUAUGAAACUUCUGUUUGAAGUUGAGCAGUUACAGAGAUUAUUAAGCCAAGAACGACAAGAGAACACUGAACAAUUGAGAGAACUUCAAGAAAAAUUAGAAUGUCAAAAUGAAUCGGACCAAAUUGAAUUGUAUGAAGAAAAGCUUAAACUUACCGAGGCAGAACUAAUGUGCUCUCAGCAAAGAGCUGAAAUUGCUGAAUCUCAAAUCGCUGAUCUAAGAAAAAAACUAGAAUCUAAAACAGCUGCACCUUCUUGUGCUCCCCCUCCACCACCUCCACCACCACCAAUGUUAAUACCACUUGUACCACCCCCACCACCUAUGGGAGCACUUUCUUCAAACAAUCUUCAAACUAUUAAAUUAAAAACAGUAAACUCUUUGAAUCAUACUAAUGAUUCCAAUGCUGUAGAAGAAAUGGGUAAUUACCUGGGACUUUCCAUUGCACCUAAAACUCCACAAGUACAGUCAGGAGCUAUAGAUGCAAUUAUAAAUCAGAUCAAAGGAGGAAGGUUUACUCUGAAAGCUACAGAUAAAGAAAUAAAGCCUCAAGUAAAAAAACAAGAACCUCCAGUGGUAAAUGAGAUGAUGAAUGUUCUUGGUACCUUGCGUCGGCAUCCCAAAAGACGAGACAGCUUUAAAACUGCACCAGCAGAUGUAGCAUUGUAAAUAUUAUGUUCCUUUAAAUAAAAAUUAGAUGAUAAUUAAUAAUUAUCUAUCAUUCAUAAAUUUUGAAAAUAAAUGUAUUAUUUAUUUUCAAUAUUUUAAAAGCAC